AUGGGCCACAUAUAUUUUACGUUAUCGUCGUCAGUGCAUAAACUAAUAAGAAGACCUUUCAGCCGUAAAUCAGGAUUUUCUCUCCUUGGUUAUGAUGAGAAUUUUAUCUCAGUCAAAUUCGAUGAAAAAGAACCUACUCAUUUUCGAAACGUUUUCUUGAGAGAUGCAUGCCAGGGCCUGGCAUCUGUGGAUCCACAUUCGAAACAAAAGCUUUUCUCGACCUCACAGAUUUCCCCCGGCUUGUCGUUAAAUCGUGUCCCCUCCAUUGUGAUGGAUGCUCAACUGAACCAAAAGUUACUUCAAGUCGAGUGGAAACAAAACGGGUCUCUCCAUGUUUCGAAGUACUCUGAGUCUUUCCUUCGAAAAUAUUCCAAAGAAGCUCUUAUAAGAGAAGGAAAGUUUUUUGAUAAAGAAUAUUGGAAUAAGAGUGUUAUAAUGAUGAAUUUGGAUAAGUUGCAAGUGGAUUACGGUGAAUAUUUUGUUCAGAAGUGCUUCUAUGAACAAGUUGUGAAAAAACUAAAUGACUUUGGCAUAGUGUUUGUAAAUAAUAUACCUGAUCCAUUGUCUUACGAUCUAAAAGAGUUAAAGGAAGAUGAGUACAGAAAGUGGCCCGUAGCGAAGCUAGCUGAAAUGUUUGGCUAUGUCAAAAAGACGUUUUAUGGUACCUUAUUUGAUGUGAAAAACGAAACAGAAGCUAAAAAUAUUGCAAAUACUACCACUUUCUUACCUUUACAUAUGGAUCUUCUUUACUACGAAUCUCCGCCGGGAGUUCAAUUAUUACAUUUUAUUCAAAAUUCAACUUUGGGAGGUGAAAAUGUAUUCAGUGAUUCUUAUCUCGCAGCACAGUAUGUGAAGGAAGUUGAUGAACAUGCGUUCGAAGCGCUUAAGCGUGUCCCGAUUACUUACCAUUAUGAAAAUGCAAACGAAUUUUACUAUUUCUCUAGACCGCUUAUUGUGGAAGAGUUAUUGGAACUGGGACCAACUAUCAAAGAAGUUAAUUAUUCCCCUCCUUUCCAAGGUCCAUUUGAAUUCGCUGUAACUAAAAAUAAUGAAACCGAUAAGUUGUUUGGAGACUUUUUAAGGGGAUUCAAAUUAUUCGAGGAUUUUGUGAAUGAUCCCAACAAUCAGUUAAAGUUGAAGAUGAAAGAGGGAUCAUGCGUCAUUUUCGAUAAUAGAAGAAUUUUGCACUCUAGAGAAAAUUUUUCGGAUGAUAAUGGCGGCAGAAGGUGGCUCAUGGGAUGCUAUGUCGACGGCGAUAGCUUCAGAUCAAAGAUAAGAAUGGGCUACAAACAAAUCAUGCAUUGA